AUGCCACCGAACACGCUCGCGGCUGGCGGGAAGCGCAUUGCGGUCAUGACCUCUGGAGGUGACUCCCCAGGCAUGAGUGGAGCUGUGCGCGCUGUAGUGCGCCAGACUCUCAUCGAAGGCUGCACCAGCUAUGCUGUCUACCAAGGUUACGAAGGUCUCGUACGCGGAGGAGAUCUGAUACGCGAGAUGAAUUGGGAGGAUGUAAGAGGCUGGCUCUCUGAGGGUGGCACACUCAUCGGAUCUGCCCGAUGCAAAUCGUUCAUGGAGAGACCCGGACGACUCACAGCGGCCAACAACAUGAUCGAGAAGAGCAUCGAUGCCCUUAUUGUCUGCGGCGGCGACGGCUCACUUACAGGAGCAGACAAGUUCAGAGGAGAGUGGCCAAGCCUCAUGGACGAGCUUGUCUCGACCGGCAAACGUACGGAAGAAGAGGUCAAGCCUUUCAGACAUCUCAACAUUGUUGGUCUGGUUGGCUCUAUCGACAACGACCUGAGUGGUACCGAUGCCACCAUUGGCUGCUACACGGCUCUGGGUAACAUCUGCGAUGUCAUCAGUAAGGUGGACACGACAGCGUUCUCGCACCAGCGUGCCUUCGUCGUGGAGGUCAUGGGCAGACAUUGCGGCUGGCUGGCACUCAUGUCUGGUCUCGCGACUGGCGCUGACUACGUCUUCUGCCCAGAGACUCCUCCAUCUCAGGACUGGAAGGCGGAAUUAUGCGACGUUGUCAAGCAACACAGAGCGAUGGGGAAACAACAUACUAUCGUCAUUGUGGCCGAAGGUGCCCAUGACCGCGACCUGAACCCCAUCAAGCCAGACAUGGUUAAGGAUGUCCUGUCCGAUGAUGUCGGCCUCGACACAAGAGUCUCCACCCUUGGCCACCUGCAGCGUGGAGGAGCACCUUGCGCCUUCGAUCGCGUGUUAGCAACGCUUCAAGGCGUUGAGGCCGUCAAGGCUGUACUCGAUGCUACUCCAGACACGCCAUCGCCAGUAAUUUGCAUGGUCAACAACAAGAUUGUUCGAAAGAACCUCAUGGACGCGAUCGCACAAACGAACGACGUGACAGCCAAAAUCGGCAGAAAGGAGUUUACUGCCGCAAUGAAAGGCAGAGACACUGACUUCGUCGAAAGCUUCGAGGCAUUCAAGAUCAUCAAUUCCACCGACAACACGAAGAUUUUGCUGCCGCAAGGAAAGCGCAUGCGUGUCGGCAUCAUCCAUGUCGGCGCGCCCGCCGGUGGCAUGAACGCGGCCACUCGUGCGGCUGUAGCGUACCUCACAGCGCGCGGACAUACGCCUGUCGCCUUCCACAAUGGAUUCUCCGGGCUGUGCCGCCACCACGAUGACAAACCAAUUGGCUCAGUUCGCGAGUUGACCUGGCUCCAAGCCGAAAGCUGGGGAUCUAAGGGAAGUUCAGAGAUUGGAACAAACCGCUCCCUGCCAUCCGAGGACUUCAAGACAACCGCAUACUGCCUGGAGAAGUACAAGAUCGAUGCACUCUUCGUUGUCGGAGGGUUCGAGGCCUUCACUGCAGUUUCCGAGCUGGAAUCGGCCCGUGCCAAGUACGAUGCAUUUAAGAUCCCGAUGGUCAUUUUGCCGGCGACCGUGUCGAACAAUGUUCCAGGUACCGAAUACUCCCUCGGCUCGGAUACUUGCUUGAACCAGUUGACGAGCUUUUGCGACGCCAUUAAACUAUCUGCCGGCGGAACUCGUCGCCGUGUUUUUGUUGUAGAGACUCAAGGCGGCGCGUCGGGGUACAUCCCUACGCUGGCUGGACUCGCGGUCGGCGCCGUGGUUGUCUACACGCCAGAGGAGGGCAUCACCCAUGAGAUGCUGGCCAAAGACAUCGAGUAUCUGAAGGAUCAGUUCGCCGACGACACUGGCACCGCGCGGAAUGGUAAGAUCAUUCUUCGCAGCGAAAAAGCCUGCGACGUCUACACCACAAAGUUCCUCGCCGACGCCAUUAAGAAGGCGGCGGGCGGAAAGUUCGAUGCCAAAACCUCGGUCCCGGGUCACUACCAGCAAGGCAACAUCCCCAGUCCUAUGGAUCGUGUGCGGGCUAUCCAACUUGCCAUCAAGUCCCUCCAGCUUAUCGAGACCUACACCGGCAAGAGCAAAGACCAGAUUGCAGCAGAUCCAAUGUCCGCUGCACUCAUUGGUAUUCGUGGUGCGAACGUCACUUUCGAUGGUGUGGAGCAUAUCGGGCGUGAAGAGACAGACUGGAAGCAUCGCCGUCCGAAGGACGAGUUCUGGAUGGAGAUGGCCGAUGUGGUCAAUGCUCUGAGUGGUCGUCGCAAGGCCAAAGGAGCUGCUCUCUAG